AUGUUACGCAACAAUGCCGAUGCUCACCGAUGCUUAUAUUUCGAGCUUGGGCUACCUGUGAUUAAUGCCUCUGAAAAGACACCUCAGGUGAAACGUGGGUCCAUUUAAAAGUCAAAGUCAUCAGUUCUCAACAUUAACGAUUGAUCCUUGCUAAGUUAUUGGUUUUUAUAAUAAUACGUCAAAGCUCUCAGUCUCUGGGGUUUUUUACUGCAGAGCUGAACUAAUUUGUAUGUAACGGUGGGCUUGUUAACUCGCAUAAUUAACUGACUACUGGCACGUGAAACGCUUAGACUUUAAUAGUUUUCAUUUCCUCGAGAAAGAAAGCAGAAAGCGGUUUUGUAAUAGUCAGACAGAAAUGAAAUGGAGAGUUUUAGGCUCCACUUUGUGUAUGUGUGAAUGUUUUGUUUAUAUAUCUAAGUUUUAGCGCUAAAUAAUAAGAAGACAUAAGCUAAAUUGAAAUAGAGAGUUUUCAGCUCCACUUUGCGUAUGUGGUUUGUUUAUCUAUCCGAUUUUGAGCGCUAAAAAAGAUAUAGUAAGCUGUUUCUCGAGUUGCUAAGUAAUCUCUCCGCCUGUUAGUUCCAAUAGCCGAGCAUACGUCAUUGGGAUCUACUCAGCGGGAAUUAAAAUAGACUGGAUCAAAAGUUCCCAUUCUAGGGUCUAGGAACAAGCGUCCAAAAGAGCUUGAAGCUCAUCAACGUUUGUAAUAAAGGCCAUGGUGAUAAAAAGUUAAUAAAUGUUUUCUCAAACACACGAACUCGAACAAAUUGCUCCUAACAAAGCCAUUGCAAGAACGAUAGCGCUUUCGAAAUCUACCCGCUUUUAUUUUGAACAAAUCAUAUGUCCUACAAGAGUCCAUCAGGGUUAAAAAGGACCGGGCAAGCCUAUUGUGCCUAUUGUAGUAGAGAAACGCUCAUUACAAAUGGAAGUAGGCACUUAAUUAGUUUGGAGGAACACAUUUUUAGGCACAUAAUUAAUAUACAGGAAGGAACUAAAUUUGUAUGCAGGACGACACUUACACAUAUUAAUAAAGGGAAGGCAUACGGAAGGCAGGGGAAGGUACCAAACAAGAGUAAAAUAACCCUAUAUCACUACUAUCAUAAUUAUUAUGAUUCUUUUUUCCUUUUAAAAUUUCUUAACUAUGGUAAAGUGGUAAAUUUUUCAAAAUUAAGUCUUCUUUUUCCUAACCACUUGUUCAUUGUCUAAAACAGCAUAUUAUUCAUUCAAGUGACCGAUCCCGUGGCCAUGAAUUUUAUACUUAAAACACCUUAAAACUUACCUGCCCGUUGUUAGAAGAAUUUCUUGCUUUACAGACUGUUUUAAAGGAAGCAACUUGCUAUAAUUGGCCCCUCUGGAUUAUGGCCUCUCUCCAGGAACCAAAUUUUCAGAUGUUACCAUUUAAGGGGAACUCCGCCCCUCUGAGCAUAUUCCUUGAUAUAAUUGACAGAAUGGCUAGCGGAUGCUUCUGCUUAAAGUUAAUUUAUUAGGAAAGACUGUAUUACAUACGAAAUUGGCCAAAAUUUCCUAUCAAAAUAUUAUUAGCAAGGGUUUUCUAAUACGUAAAGAGACAAAAAGCAAUGAAGAUGAAAUCAUUUGACGUUUUGGCGUCGUCAUGAAGCCAUUAAAUUUUUACUAUAAACUACCAUGAAGUUGGCUGAAGAUCAACGAGUAAAAUUAAUCAAUUUGACGCAAAUAUUUUGGCUCGAAUUGAGUCCAACUGGACAGUAAGAGGCAUCGUCAGUUCCCUAAUUAGCAACAUUUCGUGCAGUAAAAUCGACCCUUGUUUUUCAACCAAUUUCAAUAUGUAUGACUCCUAAGAAAAUAAAUAAUAUGAUAUAAUGCGAACCUUAAGAGCUAUAUAAAGUUCAUCAUGGAUUUAACCACCACCUCAAAAUUGCCAAAGAGAAAUGCUUUGAUUGAAUUUUUGAAAAUUUCUACAAAUUCAAUAGUGAGCAGUUAUAAUAGGAUUCUCCCCACCCUCCUCAGUCUAUUAGCUAAAGCUACCUGCGGGUAGUCAUUCUCAUUUGUAAUAUUCACAAUCCACACUUGUUCCACAAAUGCGGCCCUGCUUCCUAAAUUGCGCGCCCCCCAGUAUUUCCAUCAUCCUACUUUUAAUAAAAUGCCUGAGGUGGAACUAAGAUUAUACAAGAACCUAUAAUUCACAGGGAAAAUAUUGCUGAUAUGUGCAGGUGCGAGGCCGUGAAUGGCUUUCAAAAUUAACAAUAGAAUCUUGGAAUGUAUGCGCGUUUGCACCGGUAGCCAGUGUAACUCAUAAAGUACUAGAAUGAUGUGAGAAUACUUUCUAAAACCAUUAAUAAUCUAGUGGCAGCAUUUUGCACGCGUGGCAACUUAGCUAUUUUUUCUUUGGGGAGACUACUUGACGUUAGUACAGUUGAUCUAAAGAAACAACUUUUAACUCGUUUCCUACGAACUGAAUUUGAUCAGCCCGGCUAACAUUCUUAUGCUCUUACUUGGUGCCUUAGUAACACAAUCAUGAUCGUAUCGUGAAUAACCGAGUGUCAGGAUCUAUUUCUACUGACUGACGCGAAGUGACUAUAAGCAGCUUUAAGACCACUGUCAUUGAUAUCUCACCAUGCAAUUCAAAGCCGCACAAAGACCGAGAAACCUCAAUAUACUCAAUAUGGUCAUUCGCUUGUAAGGUCAAGUGUGAAAUUGUCAAACACAUGCAGCUGGGAUAAAAAGAAAGCUGCACACAAAUGAUCAAAAUUGAUCAUAGCGGUGCUCUCGCGCACGAAUCGCGCGCAGCGGAGCACCAUGGGUAAGAAAAUUUGGUAAACUACCCAUCCAAGAGAAUUUGGUAAUCACGUGAUCGUACACCGACCGACCGAACGACCGUCCGUCCGCACCACAGGCAUACCAAUGUAAAAUAACUCAAUAAACAGGUAUGGCAACCCAAAUGCAACUCGCAUAGCCACCCGCGUCUUGUGAAGCAGAGACAACUAAAGAGUCGAAAAGGGGAAAUUGUCUCUGUAUCCGUAUUUUCUAAAGUAUUAAGCUCAGAAUAACUGUCAUGUCCACAAAUUUGGAAUAUAGAGCAAGAGAAAGACAGAGAAAAAGAGAAAGUAGGCGGCAGGCCAGCGAAGCUCAAGGAGAAAUACGGCGACAGAGAUCUAGACCGAGAGAUGAAAAACACAUGAAAAAGACAUUUUUUUGUUGGAAUUUUCUUCCAACGAAAGCGGCGGUGACAAAAUGAGAAAUGCCAGCGGUCACCAAUGCAAGAUGAAAAUGAGCGGCAGUGAGAAAAAAAGUGAACGAGAAAACGUAUGACAUUUCCUCAAUAAAACGUGUGACUAAGAGGUUUCAGUAAGUUUCACGUUGUAGUUGUGCAAAACAACUGCAAAGAAAUGUACAAAAAAGUGUGCUGUACGUGCAAAGUUGCUUUUUUGCUAAUUAGACCUAUUGUUGUCUUUCACCGUUCUCCGGCGUUGUCUUCGCCGCUUAGCAUCACCAGAUUUUAUAUUUUGUUUGAACAAACUAUAAAUAUUAUCAUCGAGAGCUUCGCUCUUAGUGCUGGGUAAAUCUAUAUAUUAAGAUACAUGUAUAUUUGUUGAAAAUUAGUCAAGUAUCUGUCAUUUUUGUCAGUGAUUUCGCUACUGCACGCAUAUUUAGCUCAUUGUUUAAAAUUAACCAAGCCCAUCGUUGUGCACCUAAAUCUGGUCUUAAUUGUGCUCUUUAACUGCGGAAUUUCAAUCAUCCCUUCUAAGAGCUCCCUCGGGCUCUGACCGCAUUUUCGCGUGCUCGAAUUCUCCCCCCCUCCCUACCCUUGUAAGUUAUCAGUCAACCUCAUUUAGACAAUCUCAUUAGUGAAUUGGUUCUGGUGCAGCUUUAAGACAUUAAGGGCCUGUUUACAUGGAGUGGGGAGCCCCGGUCUAAUGGGGUAGGUUUCUUUUGUUUUGUGUGCCCCAGAGCGUGAAAACAAAAGAAGCCAACCCCACUAGACCGGGGUCCCCCACUCCAUGUAAACAGGCCCUUAGUCACUACAAAAUGUAGAUUAUAUAAAUAACGAAACGCCUAAAAGUUGUCCCCUUGGGAAUGCAUUGGUGUAUACAGGCAUAAAAUCCUUCUUGAUAAAGGUUGGAAAAAUGUUAUUCGAAAAGGGUUUUUUCUGUCUGCCUACAGUCCCCGUAUAAUCGCUAUUUUUGCUCUAAAUUCCGCUCAUAGAUUCUCAUAUUAAAGAGCUUUUUUGUACCUCUAAAUGGACCUCAGUGAUUAUCGGCAACUGUAAUUUUCCGGUUUGGGUCUCAGCGGACUCAGUUCAGCUGGGGUGAACAACUGCCCCGAAUAAUGUCCCUGCAAUGAAAAUCUAGCCUGGGCCGCAGACGUAACGUAAUCAAACCCCGGUAAGUAACGUCUGCGAAACAGCGCCCAAAUUCUUUGUUCUAGGCCUCCACCUGUGUACCAGAAUUUUAGUACGCGCCAUGAUUGGCCUGUUAAACGAGCCAUAGCCAAUUUACCAACCAUUUUGUAAGGAAAUUCGAAACACCUGGAAUAUCCAUAUUAAUGAAAUUCUUAAGAAGGCCUCUAAGAGAAUAUAUUUGUUGGUACAACUUAAGAGAGCUAAGGUUACUCGCACUAAUUUAGGGCUCUUCUACUCUAGUUGUAUUAGAUCAAUUAUGGACCAUGCAAUACUUCAAACUUCAAACUUUAAACUUCCAGUAAUUCGUUGAGUCCAUAGGGGCCAGAACAAGGCCUAUCGGCGCUGCUUCGCAGACAUUAAUAACCGGGAUUAGAUUACGUCUACGACGCAUGUAAUAAAAACCAAACCUCGAUAGAUGUUUACCAACCGCGGCAGGAUUAGCUCAGUCGGUAGAGCGCUUGACUGCCCAGCGGAAGGUCGCGGGUUCGAUUCCCGGGGUCGGACCAAUACUCAGAGUCUUACAGUAACUGAGAAUAUUGUCCCGAAUAACUACUUUCGUGCUAAAUACCUUGACACUCAAAUAAAGUACAUUUCUUUUUAACAAUAUUGACGUCCUCAAAUUAUGUUUUAUUGUCGUUAGGUUGAUGUCUACAGCUUUGGUGCUCUUCUUGGCGAAAUGUGCAUCCGACAACUUCCAGAUCCUCAAAAUCGUAACGAACAAGUGGUGCUUGUAACGAACGGUGUGUUUCGUGGCCUUUUGCAGCGAUGCAUUCAAAGAGAGCUUGGGGCGAGACCAACCAUGCAGGAGAUAAUCGAUGAACUGAAGGAAUUCGAGCUAAUUUCUUAA